UCUACUCGGUCGAAGCUUCGAUUAUAAACGUGCUGGCCGAAAAGUGUUCGGGGUCUGAUCUCCCCUCGAUUUCGGGAAAUUAAUUAUUGUUCGUUGAUCUCGAGGACUAUGGAGGACGAUGGCGAUCCAGUAGUCAAAGAGAUACCAGUACUUUUAUCGAAGACGCUAGCUGACAAACUCUUCAUUUUCCAAUACCCGGUCCGACCUGUGAGGGAUGGGUACGACAAUGCAACGUUCUUAAAAAGUGCAAUUAAACUGGAGAACCAGGAAGUCUGUCUCGAGCUGUCUCUGGAUACAAGAAGCGUCAACUACGAUCGUAGCAAAGGAGAGCAGAUUACGUUGAAUGUUGAUGGAGGGUCGAGGAGCGACCGGGAGGGAGAAGAGCCCAUGUUCGACAGCCAAUUCAUGGACAAAAUUUCUUUGCACUCGUCCCGGGCGAUACCAGAUUGCUCCAAUUAUGCCGUGGGAGUAUUUCAGGAUGACGAAUUCCAUGUUACUCCACUAAAAGGAAUCAUCCAGCUUCGUCCACAGUUUACUUAUCUCGAUAAAAGUGACAAACGAGCCAAAGAAGAGGCCAAGAUCAUGGGAGAAGAAACUGUCGACGAGGAGGACAACGUGACGCAGGUUAACGUCACGUUUGCAAGGCAGAAACCUGAGUUUUUGAAAAAGAUGCGAGAACAAUCUUUCCAGCAUCAUGCCAAGAAAAGUUCAGAAGAGCCAUGGAUUCAGACAAAUUAUAUUUCCGCAUCAAGUCCUCAAGCUGAGUUAACCCGGCUAGAAAUGUUCUCUGCAUCUACUGAUGAGUCGGUGAAUGGACUUAACCUUAAAAGUCAGCAAUAUCUCGGACUCUUGGCUCCACCAAUGAAAGAAGAGCAAUACUCGAAAGCAAACAUUCCUUAUCAUGGAACGUCUCUCAGUUACAUACGUAUGCUGCCGUUGCUUGAUCAAGUUCGCAUUUUAAUGAAGGAUGCCAAAGUGAUGUCAUUUACCCAAUUAAGGUCAUUGCUGUCACCCGAUCAAGAAACCUCCUCGAUAUUAAAAUACCUGCAACAAGUUGCUGUUCUGGUGCAAGGGAACUGGGUCGUAAACAGUGAACUGAUUUAUCAGAAGGAUACCAUCUCAUCGCACAGUGGAAUACCUUCGGAGCUAAUGUGCAGGGCAAGGGAUUACGUGCUCUUGUCAUUCACUGAGAACGAGUACAUCGACCGAAGAGCGAUUUCUUCCAUAAUUAAAUUGCCUGCCGAAGAAAUCAGGGAAAUAUUCACAAACCUAGCGAAGCACCAGCCAAAGAAAGGUUGGCAGUUAAUUCUUCCAUCGAGCAAAGAAUUCAGCGAAAGGUAUCCAGAGAUAGCUCAACGUCAAGAGAUGUUUUGGGAGGCGAAGAGAAAACACCUGAGAGAAGCGAUGGGGACCCAAAGCCAAGUUCCACAGCGACAAAGAAGAAAGUCCAACAGGGAGUCGAUCGGAUCCGAGAACGAGGAGAGGAACAUUGGCCGGGGCAGAAAAAGUCUGAGAGAAUCUUCGGUGUCCGAUAAUGACAGUGCCACGGAGGGUGCCGUUAAACACAAGAAAGUCAACCGAUCCAGAAAGAUUUCGGAAACCACGUGACGAUAGCUUGACAAAAUGAGGUUAUGGUGAAAUUCCAAUUGCCUGUAGAGAGUCUUCGGUAGCCAAUUUAAGAGCUGCGAACCAGUCUCGAGGAAGCUAUCGAACGACUUCUUUCAUCGGAGCUUGAAAUGUUAUAGGGUAUUUCAGAGGAUUGUAUUUUUCAUGCUCGCGAAACUAUUGGUUCAUGGACAUGGUGUGACACGUUACGAGGACAUUAUUAAUCAAGCCUCCCGAUUGGUAUUCCAUGUCCGAAGCAUGAAGAGAGCUGUUCAGUGUCUUGAUAUGGGAUUUCUCAUCCCAGCCUGGCGUUUUGCAUUCUUUUUUAUAUAACUGGUAACGUUUCCCUGCAUCGAAAGCUACUUUUGGCAAUCGUGUCUAAUUAAGUUGACCAUUCGAGGGGUCGAGUGGUAUGAUAUUUAUUUUUUUUUUGUGAAGUUAGGAAAGACAAGGAGAGAUUCUUUUGGGUCUUAGAGCGAAUUCGUUUCCUAGGGUGUAAGGGAGCAUCGCCCGGGACCGACCAUGUAAAUUAAGUUUCGUAUUAUUCUUACGUACGUAUUUAUUAUGCUAACAAUUUAUAUCGUGUAAACUGUACAUACUGAGAGGGAGGGAAACUGAUAUUCAGUUGGCAAGCCCUUGUUUCAAUAAAGGAAAGGGCCGGUGGAGUCAGGCCGCGAUUCGUGCAA